AUGGUGGCCAACUGCGCCGUGAAUUGUUUUGUGUGGCGCGUAUUUCUAACAACUCUACUAAUUGUUCUAAUAGAUAUAGAUCAAUCACAUGGAAGGAAGCACAACCUAACAUUAGAGGGAGAAGAUCGAUAUCAGAUUCCAUUGAGCACGUUUGGAUUCUAUAAGGGCGGAUAUCUGUAUGUAAAUGUAACAGCAUUCAGCUUUCAGCCCCACCGCAAACAUGCCCCUGAGCGAUUUGGAUUCACACUGGACAAGACUGUCAGUGGUGGAAUCACACCAGGAUUAGAGAAUCAUCCUGAAAAAUGUGUCUUUGACCAAAAGACUGUUACUGAUGCAUCAGUGUCAGUUAUAUUCUUAGAGUUGGACUUGGCAAAGCAUCGGUUAGAAACAGACAAAACAGGAGAUUUUACUGAGACAACAGUGUACAGAAACUACGAGCAUUAUACAGAUUGCCAAAUUAAUGGGUGUAGCCCUGGCAGCAGCAGUAGCAGCAGCAGCAGUAGUGGUAGCAGCAGCAGCAGCAGCAGCAGCAGCAGCAGCAGCAGUAGCAGCAGCAGUAGUAGUAGCAGCACCAGCAGCAGUAGUAGUAGUAGCAGCAGCAUAAAUGGUACUGGAAAUGGUGUCAGUGGUAGUGGCAAAAGCAGUAGUAGUAGGAAUGGUAUAGGUGGUGAUAAAAGCAGUAGCCAGAGCAUUAGCGUCAACAACACCAACAGUAGCCGGAGAAAGCGUGAUAGCAAAAGAAUCUUUCCUUCUAAUGACUCAGAUGAUGAGAAACCACUACUUGGAAGUAAGACUGUGUUUGACAAACCCUUCAAGCAUAAGCCACCUGCUGAUGAUAAGCAACCUGUCUCUAGUCGCGCGCUCGCUGAUCUGCUAGGCAGUGCCUCAUCUGACCAAGCAGUGACUACACCAUCAAACAUUUCUUCUCAGUCAACAGUUGGAGUGGCUGCAGUGCCAGCCCAGUCAAUAGAUGACAUAGUUGGCAAAGGAAGUACUGGAAAAGUUGGGCAUCUUGCAACAAAGCUUGAGCUGGUUCGGGAAACAGAUUAUGUUAUUAUCAGUGACAAUGCUGAUGGCUCAUACGGCGUCGAGUUCUUUAUAGCCAUAAACAAGGACAAUGAGGAAGGUCUGUACAACUUAUACUUCCACAGGUGUCCAGCAAAUGCCGAACCUCUGCACUUUACCUUUGUCAACCUAUCUGUAUAUGUGGAAGAAAGAAACAGUGAUGGUAACUACCUUUCUGCUGGGGAGAUGGCACUACCUACCCUCUAUUUUGGCAUGUCUAUUCUAUUCUUUGCUAUAGCAUCCACAUGGCUCGUACUACUCAGAAAAAACAGGGAUGAGGUAUUCAAGAUUCAUUACUUGAUGCUGGCCCUUGCCUACUGCAAGUCGCUAUCAUUGAUGUUCCACGCGUUCAACUACCACUACAUUGCCAGGGAUGGAUUCCACAUUGAGGCCUGGGCCGUGCUCUUCUACAUAACACAUUUACUAAAGGGGUCACUACUGUUCAUUACAAUUGUACUGAUUGGUACUGGCUGGGCAUUUGUGAAACCGAUCCUGUCGGACAGAGAUAAGAAGCUGUUCAUGAUUAUUAUUCCACUGCAGGUACUAGCAAACAUUGCACAGAUCAUUCUGGAGGAAACAGAAGAGGGUCAGCAACAGUAUGACACGUGGAAGGAGGUGUUCAUAUUAGUUGACCUGCUCUGUUGUGGCGCUAUUCUGUUUCCUGUUGCUAAACAACUUUCACAAAACAAACCAAUCCGAAUCCUCACUGAGAAAUCCCUGGUGGUUCCACAGCCUCCCUCAAACCAAACGUUGAUGUUAAGAGUCGAACCGCAUACAGUUUUCAUCUCUUUUCUCUUUCUCUCUCUAUUUCAGAUCACAGUGCCAUUUCAGUAUGAAUGGCUAGAUGAAUUGUUUAGUGAGCUGGCAACCCUGAUUUUCUUCACAAUGACUGGUUUCAAGUUUCGACCAAUGAGCAGUAAUCCGUAUCUGCAGAUAUCGCAGGAUGAUGAUGAAAUUGAGAUGGACCAGGUCUUAACAGAAUCCGGGGCUCUGGAGUCUGUACAUCUAGUCAGGAAGAAUGGUGGAGACGGUGACGGUGUCAGCAAGCGAGAGAGCAGUCAUGAUUACGACUGACCAUCUAGUCCAGUAACCAGUUGGUGGAAAGCUGUACCAAUAAUUACUCACUGUAGUGUGUAAUGGCUCUAUAACAUUGGAGAAAUGCAAAUCAUACUAUUAAUGUAUGGGUGUGAAGCAAGAGGUAGUAAGAGUUGGUUUGACCACGUAUAAAACUGUGUCCCAACAUUCCUCCUUUUGUAGUUGCAGCAUGUGACAGAGUACAAAUGGUGAACAAGUUUUAAGUUAUGCUAAUAUUUGUAUAGCAGAGUAAGUAUGCAUACACAAACAUCUGUGCAGCAGAAGGGUCUAAUCGCCAUGCCCAUUACUAUCCUUGGGCAUAGGUGUGUGACAUUUAUUCAGAAAGAGCCAUGCAGAGGGAGGAAACUAAUGCAUCCACGAGUCGUGUGUGUGUAAUGAGUGUCGUCCAUACAAGGGCAGAGACUGGAUGCUUGUGUGACAUCUGUAUAAUAUGUGCAAGGGCCUGCAUGGCAUCACCUGAGCAGAGGCAGCACGUGGAAGUUGGCAGAAUAUUAGAUCUACUGUAAAUGUGCAUUUACACUUUUCCAUUCUAAUUCUUAAUUUUUCCGAGUAAGGUAAUUGUGGUGUACCCUACUUUUUUUAAGAAACAAGUUCUAGUAGAUACAUUGUUUCAAGACUAUGGUAGAUACAAAAGGACUAUAAUGGAAUUGUUACCUUGUAACAGCUAAGUGUAACAGUGAUAUGUCAAUGGUAAAUUAUUGUGAUUGUUGUGCUUCACCAAAAUUAUUGUAUUUAAGCAAUGUAGAAUAAAUUAUAUUAACUAAUAAGACUAUAAGAAUGAUAUGAUACUAAACAAUAACAUGAUGAUGAAAACAUUAUUUUAAACAAAUAACUGUACAUACUCUGGUGAAUUAAAAAUAAACAUAAAUUAUGUACACAGUGA